AUGCAUGCAGACAGCCUGCCCGACGCCGAGCCCCUCCUGCCGAUCACCUUCAACAUGACGCUUCUCCUGAAGGCCGACAUCCCGCGCGGGUCCGGCAUCCUGGGCCAGGUGUUCUUGCUCCUGCACGCGACCAUCCCUCCUGAUGGCCGAGCCCCUCGAUCGGGCCCACGGCCGCCGGGUGGCACAUGCGAUCCGCGCCGCGCCCGGCUGGCCCCCCGGCGCCGCCGAAUCCAACCCCCCCCCCCGCAUGAAGCCGCGCACGGGCUGCUCAUCGCCCUCAUGGACACCAUCCUGGACCAGGUCGACUUCGACCAGGACCAGCCGCUUCUCCUGCUCCAUGUCAUCCCACUUGCCUCUGCUGCCCUGCUGACGGCGGGCCCUCCCCACGCCGGGCAGCGUGCCCUGCCCAGGCUCUUCGGCCACGCCGGCAGCCCGUCGCAUCCUUCCGAGCUGGCGGACAUCGCCCGGGCUGUGGCCCGCCCUGCGCACGGUAUGUCUCCGGCGCGACCGGCGCCGACCCGGGGGCCAGAUCUUGGAGAUGCCCGAUGCCGGGAUGGCGGGGGGGGGGACUCGGCGCUCUCCUCGUCCGACGCCUCCGACCCCGGCCGGGCAUGCUGCCCCGUGCCCUCGGUGGCCCCGGUCCUGCCUGGCUCGGGCCCGACACACGCCGCCGGCGGGCCGGCCACGCACUGCGCGGUCUGCCCGGCCGGGGCGUAG